AUGGAUUCAUUAAUAUCAACUAAUUCAACCACUUCAAUUGUUGGAUCGAUUAAUUCACCAAUUCCACCACCUACCACCAUUACAACCGCUACUACCAUAACUUCUUCUAAACCUUUUAUUAGGUUAAGAAUUUACUCUUCAGCCUUGAACUCAAUUUCAAGAAUAACUACAAACACAAAUUCUAGCUCAACUUCAAACCUAACUUCAGACCUAACUUCAGAAUCUAACCCAACUCCAAAUCAAGAUUCCUUUACAGCCCGUAACAAUUCAUUGCCCUCGUCACGACCCAUAUCUAAAAGCAAGAAAUGUAAUAGAAGAAAACAAUCAGAACCAUACUCUACUUCUCAUUCUACAUUCUCAUUUUUAGCACAUUAUUGUAGCCAAGAAUAUCAAAGGAUCUAUGGUAACAGUGAUGGCAACCUUAGAACUGAAAAUACAGAAUUUUCAAUUCUAUUGGAUUACUGCAAUCAAGAAUAUCAUAGAACAACCAUCACCAUCACCAACAUGAUUUGUCCAGAUUACUAUUAUUCUACCACACUAAAUCAAUAUGUUGAUGUGAACAAGUUAUCGAGACUAGUAAAAUAUGGCAAUGAAGAAUAUCUAAGAGAGUUUUCUAACUGA